ACAACAACAGAGAUCAACUUCUUGCCUUGUAUCUUUCAUGUAUUCAUCGCCUGCUAAAAAUACUCCUCAUAAAAAUCCCUAAUUGGUCGGCAAUUCCUUUUAUUUCCAAAGAAACAAGUGACAAUUUUAAUCAUACGUACAGGAAAGAGAGAUAGAACAAGAGAGAUAGAACAAGAGAGAGAGAAAAAAAAUGAGCGAUUUGGUUGCAACUUGGCAAGUUGCUUUGGCGGAUCGCGUCCACGAAGUUCGCUUUGAACACGGGACAACAACAGGACGAAGAGUGAUUCUUGUCGACAAUCAAGAAGUGUUGAAGAAACCCUGGAUGUUCAGGCUGGUAGGACGAGAAUCAUUUAACGUUGGAAGCAAAAAAGCGACUAUACAUAUUGAAGCUGUGAGUGGCUUUCAAUAUGAAUACACUUUGGAAGUAGAUGGAAAGUCGCUGAAAAAGUUUGUGGAAAAUAGAAAAAAAACUGCUAAAGUUUGGACACUUUUAUUAGAUGGAGAGGAAACUCGCAUUGUCUUGGAAAAGGAUACAAUGGAAGUAUGGGUGAAUGGAAGUGUUGUGGAAACUGCUGGAGAAUUUGUAGAUGAUGGUACAGAAACUCACUUUUCAUUGGGCAGACACAACUGCUGUGUUAAAGCAGUCACCACAGGCAAAAAACGUGAUGGCAUAUUGCAUUGUCUUCUUAUUGACGAUAAUGAAAUUCCAGAAACAAGUGAAUAAUGUUUGUCGUUUCUUCGGUGUUACCAAACAGUUUCAUGCUGAUUUUUGUUUUGUUUAAGUUUGGUUUGCAAGUUUUAGAAUAUUUAUGAAAAGUUAUUGAGUUAGUGUUAAGAUGUCCAUACUAUCUACAUGUACAGUUUGAAGYUCUCAGUUGCUCAAGGUUAGCCUGGAUUUUGUGUAGAAUAUUCACAUUUUUCAGUGAAGGUUCGUGGAAUUUUAAUGUUACCGGGAUUUUCCAUAUUCUGCAAACUCAGACAUUUCAACAGCUUAUUGUGAAAUUGGUUUAUCACUGCUGCCAGUCAAGAACAUAAACGGUACCCACUGAUUAUUUUUGAUUGAUGGCAGCGAAAAACCAAAUUUUAGCAAUAUGCAGCUGGCAGGUACCUAGUUCGCAGAAUAUGGAAAGCCGCAGUAAAGUUGUGCAUUCUUUACAUUACCAUUGGUAUUCGUGAAUAUGAAGACAUAAAAUGAGGCUAACCCUGAGUAAAUGAGUCUGUGAUCGAGGAACACAGCAGUAUCGUUAUUUACUAUUCUUUCCGAGGAUACAAAGACUCAGGAUUCAAAACAAUAACUGAUUUAAAACUUGAAUUCUGGUUGGAUUAUUCCAUAUAAUGAACACCAUAAUUCAAUCAGGAUUCGAGUUUUGAAUCAGUUAUUAUUUGAAUCCUGGGUCUUUAAUAAAUUUCAAUAUUUGAAUAAUGAAACCUUUAAUGGAACCUAGGAGAGUAAGUUUGAGCCGUUUUGACCGUACAUGGUUUUUACCAUUUUCCUUCUGGAAACAAUUAACUUGAAACCAAAAGUAAGAAUUCCACCUUUACAUUAAUAGUUUUUGUGAUGGGAAAUAUAUAAUUUACCAUUAGGAAAAUUAUAAAUGUUUUAAAAUUAUUAUUACCUGUGUUUGUGACAUUCAGUAUUGCUAGAAAGCAAGGUGUAAGAGCAAAUAUGUCUGCAGGCAACAUAUCACAUCGAUUUCAUAAUAUAUAAGAAAAAUAAUGAAGUUAAAGUCAACUUUGUUUCAAAAUAAUUUAAAAUAAUAGCUAGUUCAAAUUUUCAAAUUAAGAGCAAAGAUUGUCCUUGAGUAUGAAAAAAAUUAAGGUGUGAUUUUAUUCUUUUAUAUUAGUUAUUACCCACGUUAUGAUAAUAUAAAUAGCAGCUUUUAAAGUGCCAAUAUUUCACUAUAAUUGAUAACAAAAAGUGCUAAAUGAAAGAUUUUAUUUUACCAAAUGAAUAUUCUCCAAAGAAUUCAAAGAAAGUCUCACUUUUUUCAUAGGUUGAAUGUCAAUUGAUUCACACAUUUAAAAAAAGACUGUAAAUAUGUUUUGACUAGCAUAUUAUCAUGUGUUUGAGUGCACAGUGCUAAUACUGUCAUCUGAAAUAAAGAUUCUGAUUCAGAAGUGAA